UUUAUGAAGUCACUGCCUUUCUAUUAGAAAAGAAAGAUGUUCAUGGUGCCUUCUUAACCAGGAGGCCCCCCACGCCCAGCUCCUGCUGUGCCUAGAAGACCUGUCAGGAAGGACGCCAGGAGGGGGCUGCAGAACAGUGACCGACCUUGGGUCACUGCUGGGCCCAGGCAGCAAGAAGCAAUGAGUCCCUGUGGGCAGGAGGCCGGCAUGUGCACGGACAGCAGAGCAGAGCCGCUGCUGGCAGCCCCAGGCCGGCGUCCGGGCCCCGGAUAUUAGGAGUCACUGCUGCCCCCUUGGUCAUCUGAAGCCCUCUCCUCCUCCUGCCUCGGCUCAGAGUCUUUGGGACGUAGCCCCAGCCUUGCCUCUGCAUCCUGGCAUGCCAAGGCCUGGCCCGUGCCUUCCUGCCCAGCCCGCGGAACCCCGGCAGCCCCUCCAGCUAGGCGCGGCCCCGGGUGCCCUUUGGAUUUUCCAUCCACUGCUGUUGCUGCUUCUGGGGGCACCAGGCUUGUGUGUCCUCGGGGGGCAGACGUGGUUCCUGGGGCUGAGCCGUGUCCCAUGCUGAUGCAGGGCAGGUUCUUCAGGUACUUCUUAGAGGCUGCUGAGUUCCCUUCCAGCACCUCACGCUGCUCCUGGAUGCUGCGCAACCCAGACCCGUGCCAGCACAAGCUCUACAUGAGGGUGGCCAAGGCACCGCCUGCAGCAGCCCCGCCCGCAUCCACACCUACCAGUUCGACUCCUUCCUGGAGUCCGUGCGCACCUACCUGGGCAGGGAGAGCUGUGAUGAGGUGCUGAGGCUCUUUGACCCUUUGGGGCCCCUGGCCUUCCUGCAGGCCAGCAGGCAGUUCCUGCAGAUGAAGGGACAGCAGCCUCCCCAAGACAGUGACUGCAGGCCCUAGAGUGUGGCCCUCCCACCCCAACAACGACCUCUCCGUGGAGCACCUGGUCACGGGCAACUGCAGCUGCAGCGACGUGGCUGGUGGCCCUGAGAACUGCCUCACCAGCCUGAUCCAGGACCGGGGCGGGGAUGCGCCCCAGUGGUGAGAGGACUGGCCAGAAAUGUCCAAGUGUACAAUCCACCAAACAGCGGGCACGUUGGCUGGACCCCGCCCCUGGCCGGUGCGGCAGCGCCGCGUGUGUGCGCUCCCCUGGCUGGCACGAGGCCCCCGGAACCUGACUGCCCUACACUUAGCCUGCAGCAGCGGCAAGUCAUCAGUGGUGACUCUCCUCAUAGAGUGGAAGUGUGAUCUGAAUGCUCGUGAUGAGGAAGGCAAGACAGCUCUCAUGAAGGCUGUAGAAUGCCAGGAAGAAGUAUGUGUCACUAUCAUGCUGAAACGCGGUGCUGACCCAAAUCUUAAGGACAACUGUCAAAACACUGCUCUGCAUUACGCUGUCUUGGCUGAAAAUACAUCAAUUGCAACAAAGCUGCUCCGCUAUAAUGCAGAUAUUGAGGCGAUAAACAAGUAUAACUUCACACCAUUUUUACUCGCCAUCAGGGAGAACAAAGAAAUGGUCAGAUUUUUGAUUGAGAACGGGGCAAAUAUACAUGCAGUUGACAAGGCGGAAAGAUCAGCGCUCAUGCUUGCUGUGUUUCAUGACUCACCGGACAUAGUCAGGCUGCUUCUUCAGAAGCGUGUUAAUGCCGAUUCUCGAGAUUUACACGGAAUGUCUGCUGAAAGAUAUGCUUGUCGUAAUGGUUUUAAACACCUUUACCAACUGAUUGUCGACUACAGAGACGGAAAGAUACCAACUACUCCCCCUCAAAACAGCGACCUAGGACAGAGUUCUGCUAAGGAGAGCUUACCUUCUUCGCAUGCUGGGGCAGAAAAUAUCCAAGAAAAGUUGCAAUUGUCCAGCAAGGACAACGAAGAAGAAACGGUUGUCAAGUUGGGAACCAGAAAUGGCAGCUACAUGGAUUCACUGAAGAAUGUUGAGCAGAAGAAGAUUUUAGUGACUAAGUUUGCACCGAGGUUUGAAGACAUCUCUGUAAGCCGUAUUUCACCCAAACAUGAUGUUGAUGAUUCACGGCCUCCAUCAGAUGGUAACUUAGAUCUUGCUCCCAAGAAAGUCCGGCAUCCAAGAUCCGCAAAGCCAAUUCAGGCCUGGGGAGAACCCAUGAUAAACACAGAGGCAAAAGAUGGUGUUUUGAAACCAGGAACUGGCACCUUCUUUGAGGACGAUAAUUCUAAUAGUGAAAAUGAAGAUGCGGUUAGAACUGUUUCUCAACCAUCAACUGAAGUUUCAGGCUUUUCUCACCCUGCCUUCCCAGCACCGGAACCUCUCACGUCUUCAGCAGUCCUUGGUGUUACAGAGGAAGAGGCAACAAAGCCAAAAACUGGGGGAAAAGAGAACGGCACUCGGACUAUUAACAGUGUUCUAAAGGAGCAAGCAGAUCAUAGCAAAUUGAUUUCUACUGAUGGAGCACACAAAAGUGACAGAGAUGCAACACCAGCAUUAAGAUUCAAAGAAAAGAAAGAUGCAGAAUCAUCCUGGGUUUUUGAGAGUAUCUCCGAGAUUCAACUACCGAACUAUGUUGAACAUUUAUCUGGAACUGCAGGUCUAGGAGAAAAAAAUACAUUAAAUGGACAAGUAGAAAAUUCUACUGAAAAAUAUCCUCACUUGAAGCCUGCAGUUGGAGUGAAAGAUUCUGUUCCUAAUAAAACAAGAGAAAUGAAGAAUUUACAAACAUUCAAAUCAGCAGGCCUAGACUUCCAAAGGGCAUCUGAGGAAGAGCAAGAAAGACUUGAUGGGAGUGAAAAUAGCCACUCACAGGUUGAAGUAGAAGAGAGCGGGAACAAAAGUAGUGAACUGAAAGGAUCAGAAACCAUGUGUGAUGGCAGUUAUUACAAAGGAUUCACUCGGCAGAGGAAGAGGGGAAAAACUGAUGAUCAGCAGUUUCCUGCUCUGCACAAAGGAAAUUCUGAUAGUAGCUGUCCUGGCUCGUAUAUGACAGAAGUAAAGAAGAAUGAAAGUGAAAAACGGACAUUAAAAGCACCUGUGACUUCACGUGUAUUUGCGAAGACUGCCUCGCUGGCUGGUGGUCUCCUACACGUGAAUGACAACAGCAAUUUAAGUGAAAGAGAUCAAGGUUGUGGCAGAUCUUCAAAGAAAACGUCUACUAAAAUGCACAAGGUCAAAGAGCAGAUGAAUUCUGUGGAUGACCUCGAUGACUUAACUCUGUCACCGGAAACAGCUUCCGAGGACUGCGAGUCGCUUUUCCCUAAUUAUAAGAAUACCCUGAAGCUACUCGAACAACUUGGCCCGGAGAGUAAAGAUUCUGAUAGGUUAUUGAAAAUUCAGGAUCCAGUUCAUUCAUUCAGAUCAACAGAACUGAAAGAAUCUGACUGUGCACUACUUAGAGGAAAAAUUAAAGAAAUGGAAAAUAAGGUGAACUGGCUACAAACAGAGCUGCUGAAAACAAGAGAAGCAAAAUCACAGUUAAAACUUCAAAAUGUGGAGUGGGAACGAGAGCUCUGCAGCAUGAGAUUCACGUUAGAACAAGAAACAAAGAAGAAAAAUGCUUAUACAUUAUAUGAAAACACUAAGGAUGACUUGAAAAGAAAAGAGAAACAAUACAAUGAGCAAGUUUACCUGAAACAACGACUUGAAAGCACUGCCCGAGCAGUAGAAUGCAAACUGAAGAGCAUAAGGAAUAAACCAAAUCAGGUUUUAGAAGAGCAAAAUGACGCUCAGAGACAACUUUCUCGAGAGCAGAAUGCCAGAGUAAUACAAGAUGAAAUCCUGGCCCAUCAUCUUUCCCAACAAAAGGAGGCAGAAAAGGCUAAUAAGAAAAUGAAUGCUAAGGACACAAUGGAUUUUGAGCUGUCUGACCCAAAAGAUAGCAGCGAGGUGCUUCCUCAGCAACUUCCUGAAGCUGAAAGUCAAUUCCGUGGCCCAGAAAUUGAGCUCCAUCCCAGGAGAGAUGCUCUUAGACCAACGACGUUGGUAUUAGAGUGUGUGCAUAGAGACCGAGGCCAAGCCCAGUGUUCAAACAAGGAAACUGAAGCCUUGUCUCAAAGCAAACAAGAGGAAGUCAACAAAUACAUUGGAAAGCAGGCAUUCCUGAAGGAGACAAUAUGUAAACUACAAAGUGAAAACAUGUUGCUUCGACAGCAACUGGAAGUUGCUCAAAAUGAAGCCAGAAGUGAAAAGACAAUACUUAAUAUCCCAGAGCUGUUUCCGGAUCACAUGGGAAAACUUGAAGCCAUGAGCAGACGAGUUCUGAUGCUGGAGGAAGGAAACAAGGAAUUAAUUGAUGAAUCCAAAUGUUUAAAGGACAGACUGUAUCAGUAUGAAACGGACAGAGCAGAAAUGGAAGCCUGUAUGAGACAGCUUCAGCAAGAGCUGACUGACACCCGAAAGAAAGCGUCCAUGUUGGAAGCUUCCCUGGAGGUGACGGCACAUCAUCAGACUGAUGUAGAAGCUGAGACACAGGAGUCAGAGAGGAAAUCACGUCAAACUGCGAACCCAGUACGUGUGAAAUUCAGCACGUUGGCCAAUGCUGAUCUUCCAGCAAAAGUGAAAUCUGCAUCUUCAGUACUUCUCCAUCUGAGUGCAGAAACUCAACGUUUUCUAAAGGAGUUAUUUAUGAAAGAAUUGCAAAAGAAAUCUGACACACUGGAGGAGGAGAAAAAGCAGUUGGAAGAAGAAGUAGUGCACCUCAGGCGUCACCUGGAAAUGAACGCAGUGGAACGCAGUCCAGUGGAGCAGUACAAACGGGAGACGGAGGAGCGAGCAAGAUGGGAUGUAGUGGAAAUACUGAAAGAACUCAGUCAAGUCAUGCAGUACAGACAGGAGACUGAAGAAGAAGCAAGGCAGCAUAUUGCAGAAAAAUUGAAAGAAAUCAGCCAGUUUUUACAGGCCCAAGCAGCAUCUCAAGAAGACUUAAGAGAGUAUAAACGUGCUUCAGUAAGUCAAAUGGAACACAGAGUUAAAGUUCUGGAAACGGAACUGAAAAGUAAGACUUUUCAGUUUGAUUCUAAUGAAAAAGAAUUGGAAGAAUACAGGCAGCUGUACCUGGAAGAGCUAAAAAAUAGAGUGUCAUUGGCAAAUCAGCUAAACUCCGCUAAUGAGAGGCUGGCAGCAGUGAGCACUGAGCUUCAGCUGGAGAAACAGCACAAGAGUUCUUUCCUCGGCUCUGUUCCCGCACGGCCUGUUGACAGACCGCCUUCUGCUGAAAGUUCUAGUACUGCUGAAAGUUCUAGUACUAGCGUGGAGCCCAAAAGGAGUCUCACUCAAAGAAGGAACUUACGGAAUUUUUCACACCCUACAACUAGCAUGAGCGCUCUGUUCAAGACACAGAGGAAGCUGAUAAACAGUAUCUCUAGAGAAUUAAAAGAAGCUACUACUGAACUUCAAUCUAAGUCCUACGGACUCUCGUAGGCUUGAUGGACGAGUCAAGUCUAAGUGAAGAUCUGGUUUCAAAAGCACGUCAAGUACAUGUGGAGAUUUUGAAGAAAAAGUGUACGAUCUACAAGAUAAAUAGUAAACAUUUUACCUGCUGGGCUGUUUGCCUAACAUUUUUGUUAGUUCCCGUUAAGUAAGAUACUGACAAUGUUUAUUAAAGGAAAAUAUCCUUAUACUGUAUGUGCAUGAUUAAAGUUUAUGAAGUGUUUCAAACCACA